UGGGAGUUCAGUUCGGAGCCACCAUAAGUCCCAAAAACGUUCUAUAAACUAUCUUCCCACUCCACAACUGUAAUUUCCCACCAUUUUUGGCUUCCAAAUUCCAUCACCAUUGAUCUCUCGCCACCGGUCAUGGCCGCCACCGCCACCAUGACCCAACCCAUUACCACCUUCCCUCCCCACCCAAACCCCACCAUCCACCACCAUAACCGCCAUAGUCACCUCCUCUCAGCUCUAAGCUCAGCCACCUCCAUCUCCCACCUCAAGCAACUCCACGCCCAAAUCCUCCGCUCCGGCCUCGACCGAUCCACCUCCCUCCUCCUCAAGCUCGCUGUCUCUUCCUGCGCUCUCUCCCGUAGCAGCCUCCCCUACGCCCUCUCCGUCUUUGCCCAAAUCCCCAGACCUCAAACCCGUAUCUCAAACAGCUUCUUGCGCGAAUUGUCGCGCAGCAGCGAGCCCGAGAGCGCCCUUUUUCUGUUCGAGAAGUUGCUAAAGGAGGGACUUCGUGUUGACCGGUUUAGCUUUCCUGCGCUGCUGAAGGCGUCGUCGCGAGUUCAGGCGCUAAUGGAAGGGAUGGAGAUUCAUGGGCUAGGCGUGAAGUUGGGUUUUGAUUCGGACCCGUUUGUGCAGACGGCUGUGGUUCGAAUGUAUGCUGCUUGUGGCCGAAUUUCAGAUGCGCGUAUGAUGUUCGAGAAAAUGUCUCAUAGAGAUGUCGUCACUUGGAGCAUUAUGAUUGACGGUUACUCUCAGAGUGGCCUGUUUGAUGAUGUCCUAAUGCUGUUUGAGGAGAUGAAGAGAUCCGAUGUGGAACCGGAUGAGAUGAUUCUUUCGACAGUUCUUUCUGCUUGUGGCCGUGCUGGAAACUUGAAUUGCGGGAAAGCAAUACAUGAGCUAAUAACCGAGAAAGACAUGGUCCUGGACUCUCAUUUGGUGAGUGCUCUUAUCACCAUGUAUUCAAGUUGUGGAUCCAUGGAGUUGGCCCAGGAUUUGUACGAUCAGUUGUCAUCAAAAAAUGUAGUUGUGUCAACUGCCAUGGUGUCUGGGUACUCCAAACUUGGAAAGGUUGAAGCAGCACGCUUAAUUUUUGAUCAAAUAGAUGAAAAGGACUUGGUCUGUUGGAGUGCCAUGAUAUCUGGUUAUGCAGAAAGUGAGCAUCCCCAAGAAGCUCUUGAUCUGUUCAAUGAGAUGCAGGUUUUGGGGAUAAAACCUGACCACAUAACCAUGUUGAGUGUUGUGUCAGCUUGUGCUAAUCUUGGUGCAUUAGAGAAAUCCAAAUGGAUUCAUAAGCAUGUUGACAAGUAUGGAUUCAGUGAAGCUUUGUCUAUUAGCAAUGCUCUUAUUGAUAUGUAUGCCAAGUGUGGGAGUUUGGAGGGAGCUAGAGAAGUUUUUAAUAGGAUGCAUAGAAGGAAUGUGAUAACGUGGACCAGCAUGAUCAGCGCCUUUGCCAUGCACGGGGAUGCUGCUAAUUCAGUGAAGCUUUUCAAUCAAAUGAAAGCUGAAAAUAUUCAGCCCAAUGGGGUUACAUUUGUGAGUGUCCUAUAUGCUUGCAGCCAUGCAGGAUUAGUUGAUGAGGGCCAAAAAAUCUUCGCCUCGAUGGUAAAUGAAUACAACAUUGUGCCUAAGCAUGAGCACUAUGGUUGCAUGGUAGAUCUCUUUGGCCGUGCCAAUUUACUCCGAGAAGCUCUUGAGCUUGUAGAGCAAAUGCCUUUGGCCCCGAAUGUUGUGAUUUGGGGAUCUCUGAUGGCUGCUUGCCGGGUACACAAAGAAGUUGAAUUGGGAGAAUUUGCUGCCAAACGGCUCCUUGACCUUGAACCUAAUCAUGACGGAGCCCAUGUCCUCUUAUCAAACAUUUAUGCCAAAGAAAGGAGAUGGGAAGAUGUUAGGGAGGUAAGGAGAUUGAUGAAACAUAAAGGCGUGUUCAAGGAGCGCGGGUGUAGUAGGCUUGAACUAAAUAAUGAGAUACACGAGUUUCUGAUGGCAGAUAGGAGUCAUAAACAAGCAGAUGAGAUCUAUGCAAAGCUAGACGAGGUGGUGGGUGAUUUAAAGCUGGUUGGUUAUGCUCCAAAUACCUGUGACGUUUUGGUUGACGUAAACGAAGACGAAAAGGAGGAAAUGGUUUUAUGGCAUAGUGAAAAGCUAGCACUUUGUUAUGGGCUGAUGAAAGAGGAAGAAGGCUCCUCCAUUCACAUAGUUAAGAACCUUAGGAUCUGUGAGGACUGCCAUGACUUUAUGAAGCUCGUAUCAAAGGUGUAUCAGAGGAACAUUAUUGUCAGAGAUAGGACUAGGUUUCACCAUUACAAAGAUGGCAAGUGUUCUUGUAAAGAUUACUGGUGAUAUUUUGAUCAAUCCCGUGAUUAUUCAGAUGCGAAGAAAAGGCGUCUUUAAUGAUCAAAAUUGAAGUUCAUCAAAGGUCCUUCUCACCAGGAAUGAGAAGUGGCUAUUUGCUCAAGAGAAGUUCAACAGCAUCCAUUUUUCAACAGCUCUUGUCACGUUGGGACUCUGAAGCCUAC